AUGUGGGACCCGGCAGCCCCCCGGAAAUGGGGGACAGGGGGGACACGCCAACCCCAACAGUGGGGACAGGGGGGACACGCAGCCCCCCAGGACACGGUGACGCGUGGCGCCGCCGCCGGCCUGACCGGGCUCCGGGGUCCCGCAGGAGCCGCCGGCCGGAGCCGCGGGCGCAGCCCGGCCUGGGGCGGGCGGGCGGCGCCGUUCCGGGGCUGGGACACGGCGCGGUUCCCUCCCUGGCAGCCGGGCACGGGCGACUGCUGGCGAGGUGGCGAUGUCACCUUCGACAUCAGCAACGACGCUCCCACCAUGGCGGGUGCCCAGGCCACCUUCUCCAUCGCCCUGCGCCUGCCGGGCACGCAGCGCGUCCUGCCCGACGGCCGCGUGGUCUGGGGGCAGAACUGCACGGUCAACGGCACGCGGGUGGCACCGGGGGACCCGGUGUUCUCCGAGCAGCCGGACGCCGCCGGGACCUUUCCGGACGGGCAGCCCAUGCCCGCGGGCAGGCGGGGCAAGUUCGUCUACGUCUGGUGGACGUGGGGGCGCUACUGGCAGGUGGUGGACGGCGCGGCGUCGCGGCUCACGGUGGGCACGGCCGGGGUGGCGCUGGGCUCCUACACCAUGGAGGUGGCCGUGUACCACUACCGGGGCCGCCAGAAGUUCAUCCCCAUCGGCCACGCCAGCUCCCAGUUCAGCAUCACCGACCAAGUCCCUCUGGCCGUGGCCGUGUCGCAGCUGCGGGAGGACGCGGGCAGCGGCCCCGCUCCGCUGGUGCGGAACCGGCCGGUGGCGUUCGCGGUGCGGCUGCACGACCCGAGCCGGUACCUCCGCCACGCCGACGUGUCCUACUCGUGGGACUUCGGCGACGACAGCGGGACCCUGAUCACGCGCAGCGCCACCGUCACCCACACCUACCGGGACACCGGCAGCUUCUCGGCCCGCCUGGUGCUCCAGGCCGCCAUCCCGCUCAGCCCCUGCGGCCCCACGACCGCGCCCGGUCCCACCGGGGCUCCCACCGGGGCUCCCAGCGCGGCUCCCACCGGGGCCACCAGCCCGGCCGGGGGACAGAGCACGGCGGCCCCGGUGGCCAGCACGGCCCCCGCAGCCUCCGGGGAGCCCGCGGAGCCCACGGGGGGCUCGGCGGCGGAACCCUCGGACCCCGCUGUCACCGACCCCGCUGUCCCCGCCGCCACCGAGCCCUCUGCCGCCGCUGUCACCGAGCUCUCGGUCCCCUCCGCCGCCGCCCCCGCUGCCAGCACCGCGGCUGUCGCCUCCUCCGUGUCCCCCGCUGCCGCCACCGCGGCCGGGGACAUCUCUGUCACCGCCGUCCCCGCGGAGGGGACAGCGGCUGCAGAUGCGGCGACAGACGGAGGCGCGGGUGGUGUCACAGCUGGAUCGGCCACAUCUGGACCGGCCACAGCUGGAUCUGCCCUCGAUGCCACGGCCGCGGCCACGCUUGGCGUCACGGUGGGUGCCACCAUAGAAGCCACCGCGGGAGCCACCGCUGUGUCCCUGGCCGCUGUCACGGCCGGCGCCACAGCUGGAGCCACAGCUGGCGCCACAGCUGGCGCCACAGCUGGAGCCACAGCUGGCACCACAGCCCAGCCCCUGGCACUGGUCAAGCGCCAGGCCCCGGCCGAGGACCCGCCCGGCUGUGUCCUGUACCGCUACGGCACCUUCGCCACCCAGCUGGACAUCGUCCAGGGCAUCGAGAGUGUGGCCAUCGUGCAGGUGGUGCCCGAGGGCGGCGGCAGCAGCGUGGAGCUGACGGUGACGUGCGAGGGCGGGGUGCCCGAGGAGGUGUGCACGGUGGUGGCGGACGCCGAGUGUCGCACGGCGGAGGCGGAGUCGUGCUCGCCGGUGUCGCCGUCGCUCGGCUGCGAGCUGGUGCUGCGGCAGGACUUCAACCGCUCCGGCCUCUUCUGCCUCAACGUGUCCCUGGCCAACGGCAACGGGCUGGCCGUGGCCACCACGCGCGUGGCCGUGGGAGGUGCCACCCCGGCCACCGGCCGCACCACGCUGUUCGUGGGGCUCGUGCUGGUGGCGGCUGCCCUGGGCACGGCCGCGUACACCUACAGACGUGUCAAGGACCCGGCGCUGUCCCCACCGCCCCCCACGCCCCGCGGGUGGCCCCGGGGGUGGCUGUCCCCAAAUGUCACCGUCCGGCGGCUGCUGCAGCGCGUCCUGGGGGGGGUCCCGAGCGGCGAGAGCAGCCCCCUCCUCCGGGGCCGCUCCGUUUAGGGACCCCCGCCCCAAAACCGACCCCCCAAAACCCCCCCGGGACACGCGUGGUGGCCUCGGUGACACCGAGAUUAAAUCCCCGAUGU